AUGGAUUAUACACUGGAGCCCAAUGUGACAGCAAUAACUGACUACUACUAUCCUGAUACCAUUUCAAGCCCCUGCGAUGGGGAACUUAUCCAGAGAGAUAGUAAGCCGCUUCUUGCCGUCUUUUACUGCCUCCUGUUUGUAUUCGGUCUCCUGGGAAACAGCCUGGUCAUCCUGGUCCUUGUCGCCUGCAAGAAGCUGAGGACCAUCACAGACAUAUACCUCUUGAACCUGGCCCUGUCUGACCUGCUUUUUGUCUUCUCCUUCCCCUUUCAGACCCACUAUCAGCUGGACCAGUGGGUGUUUGGGACUGUAAUGUGCAAGGUGGUCUCUGGCUUUUAUUACAUUGGCUUCUUCAGCAGCAUGUUCUUUAUCACCCUCAUGAGCGUAGACAGGUACCUGGCAAUUGUCCACGCUGUAUAUGCCAUGAAAGUGAGGACAGCCAGAAUCGGCACGGCCCUAAGUCUGGCAGUAUGGCUGACUGCCAUCAUGGCCACCAGCCCCUUACUAAUAUUUUACCAAGUGGCCUCUGAAGAUGGCGUUCUACAGUGUUAUUCAUCUUACAAUCAACAGACUUGGAAGUGGAAGAUCAUCAUCAACUUUGAAAUGAAUAUCUUAGGCCUGUUGAUCCCAUUCACCAUCCUUAUGUUCUGUUACAUUAGUAUCUUGCAUCAGCUGAAGAGUUGCCAAAACCACAACAAGACCAAGGCCGUCAAGUUGGUGCUCAUUGUGGUCGUUGCAUCUUUACUCUUCUGGGUCCCAUUCAAUGUGGUCCUUUUCCUUACUUCCCUGCACAGCAUGCACAUUUUAGAUGGAUGUGCCAUGAGCCAGCGGUUGAUUUAUGCCAGCCAUGUCACAGAAACCAUUUCCUUCACUCACUGCUGUGUGAACCCUAUCAUCUAUGCUUUCAUGGGUGAGAAGUUCAAGAAAAACCUCUCAGAAAUAUUUCAGAAAAGUUGCAGCCACAUCUUCCUCUAUGUAGGGAGACAAAUCCCCAGGGAGAGCUGGGAAAGAUCAUCCUCCCUCUAUCAGCACUCCUCCCGUUCCUGCAGCACAGACUACAUUUUGUGAGGAGGGUGCCUUAAAGCAGGCUUCUGUGCUCAUCACCAUUCUUCUCUCAGGAACCAAAAAUGA